GAGAGAGAGGGAGGGAGAUGCAGAGACAGGCAGGCAGGAUGUGCUUCAGAGCAAAGAUCUGUGGUUCAGAGAUACGUUCCCUGCCGUAAGUCGGGGCGGGGUGAGCGGAGUUUGCUCCAGUCAGUAGCAACUGGGCCAAAGUGACGCGUUUAACAAAGUGAAAGUCCCUGGCGAUCGCUGAGAGGGAGCGGCCUCCGCGUUGUGCCGCUGUUGCUGUCUGUCUGUCUGUCUGUCCCGGGACGCGGCACAACAUUUCGUUCAGACCGUAAGGUCUGAAUGACAAUAAAGGAAAUUCAAUUCAAUAACCACUUCCUGGUUUGGACAAAAAAAAGAGGAAGCCUGGACUCGUCAGGGCCAUUUAGUGGGAGCGGAUGGAGUCCUGGACACUGGCCCUGGUCCUUGUGAUUAAAGCCACACUAGCUGGUGCAGGGCACCAGUUUCUAGUGAGUGCUCCCCAGCUCCCUGUGUUGAGCAGGGUUGGGCGUGAUGUGAUCCUGGAUUGCCAGCUGACACCCCCUCAGCCCGUGGACAAGAUGGAGCUGCGCUGGAUUAACGUGGCACAGAGCUACACCUCGCCCGUCCACGUAUACAAGAAUGGAGCAGACGACCUGACCCACCAAGCUGCAGCCUACCAGUAUCGGACACAACUCUUCCCUGAGCUCAUCCCACAGGGAAACCUCUCCCUCAGGCUGAAGGACGUUCGGCCCUCCGACCAGGGUCAGUACAAGUGCUUUGUGGUCUCCAACCUUGCCCAGAACGAGGACAAACUCACCUUGAUCGUUGCAGGCAUCGGGGAGCAGCCUUGGAUGGAUGUGUCGGCCAACAGUGGGGUCGGCAUCAGUGUGACCUGCCGCUCUAAGGGGUGGUUCCCGCGACCCAUCGUCCAGUGGACCGGCGGAGACGGGGUCAACGAGACUGGCCGCGCGACAAACACCUUCCACGAGGACCGCCAGGGCCUGUAUCAGGUUCAGAGCACAAUCGUCCUGCCCCGGAGCUCGGGGAAGGCCCACUCAUGCCUCAUCCUCAACCAGGAGCUGGUGGAGUCCCAGCACACACGCCUGGAGAUCGCAGAUGAUUUGUUUCCUCGAACCUCGGGCUGGCUGGUGGCGUUCUGGAUCCUGGUGGUGCUGGUGCUGGCAGCCAUCGGCUUGGCUCUGUGGUUCUACCGCAGAAAUCAGCAGCACAUCCGCGCUUUGAAGAAAUCGGCAGGGGCUCUGGAGAAUGAUGAGCUGAGGCAGAGAAUUGAUGAGCAAGUAAAACUAGCAGAAAGAGAGUUUGAACAACAUCAGGUGGAGAAAAAGCGGGCAAUGGAAGCAAGGAGUGAUGAACUCCAGAAACUUCGCCAAGAAUUUGAAGAAGAGAAGAAGGCCAUCAGAGCAGAGUACGAAUUGCGGGAGGCAGGUUUUGACAAAGAGAAGCAGCUUGCAUUAAAAGAGUAUAAGAAGCUUGAGGCUGAGUUUGAACAAUGGAGACCACUCGUGAUGAAAGAAUGGGAUAGGAUACGCAGCCAUGCAGUUAUGGUGGAGCCUGAUCCCCUGACGGCUGGUGGAUGUUUGGAGUUAUCUCCUGUGCAGAUUAGCGCAAGAUCUGGACCGCCGGCGGUCGUUCCACAAGCUCCGGAACGCUUCGACUCCGUCCCGUACGUGCUUGGGAAGGACGGAUUCACGACCGGCACGCACUUCUGGGAGGUGGAGGUGGCCUCCAAGGCCUACUGGGACGUCGGAGUAGCAAGCGAAUCCGUCGAACGCAAGGGUAUGCCCACCCUCACCUCCGACAAUGGCUUCUGGACGCUUGGGCGGGACGGGGAACCCUACGCGGUGAGCGAUAAAAGUCGCUCGGCCAUCACCGUGACCAAGAGCCCGACCAAGAUCGGCGUGUUCCUGGACCUGGGGGCCAGGAAGGUGGACUUCUACAAUUCCGAUACCAUGUUCCUGCUCCACACCUUCAACAUCAGUGGCUCGGGCAAAAUCUUCCCGUUCUUCUCUCCUGGAUGGAGUGAUGCCCCCUUGACAAUUUGCCCACUUAAGAACUAGCAGUAGCAGGAUCGGUCCGAGUUAGCGUGGAUUUACGAAUGGGGAAAUCAAGCUUGACUAAUUUUCUGGAAUGUUUCGAGGAUGUAACUAGGAAAAUGGACAAGUGAGAGCCAGUGUCCGUGGACUUUCAGAAAGCCUUUGAUAAGGUCCCACAUCAGAGAUUAGUGGGCAAAAUGAGAACACAUGGUAUUGGGGGUAAGGUGCUGACAUGGGUAGAAAAUUAAGGUUGCAGGUGUCAACUUAUCUACAUCGACGAGACCAAGCGCAGGCUUGGCGAUCGCUUCGCUCAACAUCUCCGCUCAGUUCGCAAUAACCAACCUGAUCUCCCGGUGGCUCAGCACUUCAACUCCCCCUCCCAUUCCCAAUCCAACAUUUCUGCCCUGGGCCCCCUCCAUUGUCAGAAUGAGGCCCAGCGCACAUUGGAGGAACAGCAGGAACGGGGUACUGAUUGUAGAUGAUCAGCCAUGAUCACACUGAAUGGCGGUGCUGGCUUGAAGGGCCGAAUGGCCUACCCCUGCACCUAUUGUGAAUGUGUCCAAGGUGAUUUGUAUAGGGUGGACAAUAUUGAGAGUAAUGACUCAAUGGUGAUUAUGUCACAUGAGGUGCAUCAUGCCAUGAACAAGCUGUCCAACAACAAAGCAAGUGGCUUGGAUCAUAUUUCUGCUGGACAUCUUAAGUAUGCGAGUAUGAGGAUAACUCGUCUCCCUGCUAUUUGUAUUACUGGCUUUAUGAUUCAUGGCUUGUUACCAAAUAUCACUCAAUGUUGUCUGUUCUGCUAGUGCCGGUCAUUAAGGACAAAGCUGGUAAAGUAGGCAGCCUAAAUAAUUACAGACCCAUAGCUUUAGCCAGCAUAUUGUCAAAAGUCUUAGAAAGAGUUCUGAAGUACAGAGUAAAUGAGUUUGUUAACUCCACAGCUAACCAGUUUGGCUUAAAAGCUAAACAUGCACUGACUUGUGCAUAUAUGCCCUAAAGGAGAUUGUAAUAAAUAUAGAGGCAAAAACUCUUCAAUCCUUAUGUGCUUUAUUGAUGCUUCCAAAGCCUUUGAUUAUGUUAAUCACAGAAAGCUGUUUGUUAAAAUGAGUCAAAGAGGGGUGCCUGAAUACAUUGUGAGAAUUCUGGCCUACUGGUAUGCCCACCAGACUAUGCAAAUAAAAUGAGGCAAUAGGGUCUCAGCCCCAGUUGGGGUUAGCAAUUGUGUUAGACAAGGGGGGACAUUGUCCCCAGUCCUUUUUAAUCUUUAUAUUGAUGAUAACAAUUAAAAGCCUUAAUACAGGUGCGUGAUUGGUAAUAUUUUAGUGAACCAUAUUGUGUAUGCAGAUGAUCUUGUGGUCUUUAGUCCAUCUACCACUGGUCUCCAGCAGCUCCUGACUAUAUGUUCUGUGUAUGGUGUGGAACAUGAUAUCCAAUAUAAUGCUUCUUAGAGUGCUGUUAUGAUCUGUAGAACCAAAGAGGAUAAAUGUCUAAAAUGUCCUGACUUUCUGACGAUAAUCAUAGUGUCUGUAAUAAGAUCAAAUAUUUUGGAUAUUUUAUUACAGAACAAAUGACAGAUGAUGAGGAUAUUUAUAGGCAACGACGUAUGCUGUAUGUACAGGCGAAUAUUCUCUUACGCAGGUUUGGUGCGUAUACAGAUGUGGUGAAGAUGUCGCUUUUUUUUUUUAGAGCAUAUUGCACACCACUCUAUACUGCACACCUGUGGUCAAUCUACGGAAAAACAAGUUUACAGACUUAAAGUAGCUUAUAGUGAUGCCACGAGAACACGACUAAAGAAAUCGAGAUGGUGAAGUGCUAGUGAGAUGUUUGUGGCUGCAGGAGUCAAUACUUUACAAGCCCUCCUAAGAAAUCAUAUGUAUAAAUUCAUUUGCAGGAUUAAUGACUGAAAAUGUAAUUAUGGUGGGCUUGUCAAACAUAAGGUUUAGCACUACACGCUACCAAUCUCAGUUGUGGAGACGAUGGUAUCGUUGUCUCGUUGUAGGACACUGAUCUUUCUUUUAUUCUGGAUUUUAAACCAUGUAUUGUGUUUUUGUACACAAUUUAUUGUGCUCUUAAAAGUAAUUUACUAAGCCUUUAUAUGUCAUUUAUUGUGUUUUUAUAUGCAAUGUUUUCUUGUAAUGUCGUCUUUUAUCUGGACCUUGGGUGUAAUAAAGUUUAAUAAUAUAAAGAAA